UAACAGUCUUUUGCACACGGUAAAGAUGUUUCGUUGCACUAAAAGGAAGUACUUUUGUAUUUUCUGUCUUGGUUUAAUCGCAGUCUUAUUGUAUGUGAUUUUGAAAAACAACGAUAGUUCGGCACUAGUGGACAACAACAGAAAGCGCUGGACAAAAACUGAAACAAAGUACAAACAUGAGUAUCAGCGAUUUCACGAAAGGCAAAGGCAUUUACGGAGUAGAUGUCUAGAGGUUUUAAAAAACAAUGAUCACACUGCGUGCGAAGAUCAACAAGAAAUAAAAAGCAAUUUGAAAUAUGUCAAAAAGAGGAAUGUUUUAUACUGUUCUAUUGAAAAAACAGGAAGCACAUUUUGGAGAAGGAUUCUACACAUUGCAGGUGGUUGGGGGAAUACUUCAAACCCAACGCAUAUAGAGAUUAGCAAGGCAUACGACGGGAAAGGUGGUUACAGGCGCAUGCAAAAUAAAACAUGGGAAGAAGUUGAAAACCUUUUUAAACAUACGGAACCAAUUAUGUUUGUUAGAAACCCUUUUUCUAGACUUUUCUCCGGCUGGCUCGACAAAUUUUAUUCUCCAAAUGUGUUUUACUGGAAUGAAACUGGCAGAAAUAUUUUAGAAUCACAACGCCAUGUUUUGGACGAUGAUUCCAUUCGGUGUGCUUCGAAUGUCUCGUUUGUAGAAUUUGUUAACUAUACUGUUCAUGAAAUACUAUCAAAUGAGUGCAUUGAUGGUCAUUUCAGCUCAAUGUACAGCCAUUGUUUACCUUGUCAUCUGUCAUUCCGUUACAUAGGAAAAUAUGAAACAAUAAAAGAAGAUACAGCUGCUCUAAUCGAAUUAUUGGAUCUAACUGAUACGGUAAGGUUUAAUGAUUUUGAGACAGACACUGUAUUUGAUGCCAUAAUGGACAGUUCUGGUUGGGUAUAUAAGCAUAGGGAAAAGGUAGUCGCAUGUGGUGUGUCUUUUUCAUGUGCCUUAUUCAGAGUAUGGAGCAGGCUGCAGAGCAGAGGUUUUAUAAGUAAGAAAAUGGAUUUUCCUUAUAAGACAAAAGAAGAAAUCAACACAUUGAAACAAGAACAAUUUGAACGGGAUUUAGCUAUGGCACACUUUGAAAGUUCCCCACAAGACUUGAAAAACAACAGACAUGAAGCUUUACUUCAGGCUCUGAAAACUUUACCGGAAGCAGUUAUAAAGAAGCUAUUGUUAGCUUUUGAAACAGACUUUGACUUGUUCGAUUAUGACCGUAGGCCUCUCAGUUUUGCUGAGUCAGGAGAUACCGAAAUAUCUGGAUUUACGUAUUUCAGCAGUUGUCCGCAACAAUUCAGAUAAAUAUGGACUGAAUGGAGAUGACAUUGAACGAGAUGUUUACAUUUUUUUAAUUCCUGCCACUUACGAAUUAGCCACUUGUCCGUGGGAUUUAUACUUAAGUUAAUAAACACGGUGAUUGUUGCAUUAGCCAGAAGCGUAAAUUAUGGACUAAUCAAUGCUUAAAUCAUCACAGCGAAAUUAUGUUAACGUCACGUCGACGUGAUAUUUAGCGCCAUGUAUGCAUCAAGAAAUACCCUUUCAAAUUUGAUAAAAUAUAUAAGCAUGUUUAAAACAAAACGUUACAUUGCACAACUGUCUUGAUUGAUUUACAAACAUACUGAGUUAGUUAUUCGCUUUACAGAAUAAUUCGCCAAUAGUUUCGCUCAAAUUGAGCUCUUCCGCAAGAUAAAGACAUUGAAAUAUGUCUCUUGAAAUGUAAAAUCGAACUUACGUUGUUAUAAUUUCAGUAUGAUUUAAUUAAAGUUAUGUACGAGGGGCGUUCAAUAUGUUGUAAUGUUACUCCGUAUGUAGUUCCGUAACCGCUGAUUAUUUUUAGAUGCGGUUUUCGGUACAUUAUAGAGCAA